GGAGCUUCCUGUGCUCUUGUCACACAUGUUCUGCUCCAGUGCCCUCGUGUUCAGGGGAGGGAGGAUGGACACCUCCGGUGACCCAGCCUGCCCCUCAUCCCACACACCAAAAAGGGGAAGUUGCUGAGAAAAGGAAGUCUGCCCCAUGCAGUUGCUUCAGCUGCAGCAGUCACAUUUCUCUGCGGAUGGUAGCCUGAGUCCCAGAUCUCAGCACCAGCUGCCAGGGCAGUGCUGUGCUCAUGGAGAGACCGGUGAAGGAUGGGAUCCUCUAUGUGCAGCACAGCAAAUUUGGAAAGAGGUCCUGGAGGAAGAUGCGAGCGCAGCUCUUUGCUGCCAGCCCGUCUGGUGUGGCCCGCAUGGAGAAGUUUGAUGUGAGGGACGACGGCACGAUGCUGGAGAAGUCCUCCCUGCGGCGGUGCGCCCGCCGCGUGAUCCGCCUCUCCGACUGUGUCUCUGUGGGGCCUGUUGGCACUGAGAGCUGCCCCAAAGACACCGCUGCCUUUUACCUCAACACCACGGAGAAGAGCUACGUGCUGGCAGCCGAGCAGCGGGACGAGUGGAUCUCGCAGCUCUGCCAACUGGCUUUCCAGGGCACAAAGGAGGCUCCACAGAGCAGCAGCAGAACACAGCCCAGCCCCAACGUCCACAUGGAGGAGAACUCCCUCUACUCCUCGUGGCAGAACC